AUGGCCGCAAUUAUCACCGAUCAUUCCAGAUAUUCUUGCAUUCGCCAGUCUCAUACCAUGGGAGCUCUGCUGAGUUAUGGGCUGAUCGAUAGAGGCAAAACGGACGAUCCUGACCCUGUUACAGGAUUAACUUCCCGAGAUAAAUAUUUAAUAAACACAACCUGGCGAAUCGUAAUGGACGAUCCCACCCGAAACGGAGUAUCCUUCUUUCUAAAAUUAUUCGAGAUCGAACCGAAGCACAAAAGAGCGUUCCCGUUUCGGGACCAGCCCAUGGAGGAGUUGCCGACGGAUAAGAAAUUCCACGCUCACGUCACCAGCGUGAUGUACUCCUUGAGUUCCAUGGUGAAAAAUUUGGACGAUUCGGAGGUGUUGAAUUGUAUUAUAAGGAAAUUGUGCGAGAACCACGCCAAGAGAUCGGUCGAUCGACGAGCUUUGGAAGACGUAAAACGGGCGCUUUUGGACGUGUUCGGGUUUAUGAAGGUCCAGGAAAGGCAGGCGUGGACGAAAUUUCUGGAUUAUUUCGUUCGAGAAGGUUCGAAAAUACUGGAGACUAUUGAGUAA